UUCUCAUUCGUAGAGUAGCUCCAUGCAUAGAAAGAAAAGUGUAAACAAGCUUCUGCUUCUGACUUUCUCCUGGUGCUGCGGUUUGUUGAAGCUUUCUAAUUGUCUUUGAUGAACUGAUGACUUUUCGGCUCUGCAAGUUUAUCCAUCAGAGGUGCACUUGAAAGUUGCCAACUCCUCGAUUUAUCGUCAUGGCUUUGGAUGCUAGUGUAUUUCGUUGGCUUGAUCCAUUGGAGUGUGGAGUCGAUACAAACAUUGGCGAUGUGAGUGGAUUUUUUGGAAGUGGUGAUGCGGGCUCGUGUGAUUAUAACACAAACGUUGCAUUUUCAAAUGACUGUUUUGAAGGUCUCAGUGAUGGGUGUGUGUCGCCUUCCAGUGUAAGUCCUGCUAUUUCGGAAACUCCUCACCAAAAUUUUCCGUCCAAACUUCACCAAUCACGAAGACAUGAAGCUCCUUCGUCUCCCAUGGAGGGAUAUACUCCAGUGUCUCCGGAUUUUGUUGAACUCCAACCACUGACUUUUGAAAACCUCACUGCCGCUGGGCAGAGGGAUUAUGCAAAGAACGCUGUGACUACAGAUGAUACUCAGCUAUUUUAUUCUGGAUACGAAUUUAAUGAUUUUACCUCUAACCAUCACAAUUUUUCAAAUGAUACGCCACCAUCGACGGUAAAUUCAGAAAUUGUAAUUAAACCAUCAAAAUUUUCAACCGAACCAGAACGUUCUCUACCCACUGAAAUAUGCAGUCCGAAUUAUGAAUAUUUUACUCCUGGAGAACAAAUAUCUGUCAAUCCCCCAACGCUAAUUACAGACUCUGUAAAUGUAAGAAGUCCAAUCGUUCAAUCGGAACCAAUAGAAGAACCUAAAAGUGAAGCCUACAAACCUGUAAGUUACGACGAUUUUUUCCCUGACCAUUUGUUAGAUGGAAAUGCCCCGAAAGAAGAUGACUGGCCUGGUCAAAAUAUUACUUCGGAUUGUAUUAAUUCCUUCGAAUCAAGCCAUGGCCUAUUAAGCAGUGAGUCUAACUGCACGUUACCGAACAGCCUAACAUCGUCGGUGUUACCGCCGAUUUCUUCUUUGCCGCUAAUGAGAGACGAUGAUGAAGCUCGAUUGCCUGAGAAGAAGAAGAAGAAAUUAAGCUUAGCCGCUCUUCUAGCCAGGGAACCCACAACUAUCAUUAAAGAUAAUAUCAGCUACCGUAAUAGGCAAACUGGUGGGGAAUCUUUGAACCUGGAAUUUGGAAAAUCAUUCCCGGAUGACAAUUAUGAAUCCUCAAGCAGCGAUGUCCCCAAUCAAAUGAGCCAAGGCAAGAAAUGUGCAGUUAGCAAUAGCGGGGCAACAGGUCGAAAAGUGAACGCCUGUCGAUCUUCGGCUGCAUCCGCCGAAAACAAAGCAUCGACCGUUCGUUGCAGGAGUGAAACGCCUUCAGAAAUUCUGCUGACUUCGAGAGGCAUCGUGUCUCCAGGAGAUCCUUGUGUGCUCAGAAGCCCCUCGUCAGUCAUGAGAAUAAGCUUGAAGCCACAGCGAGUGGUGACCCGUGAAGUUAAAAGGAAACGCCGAGACGCUGCCAAUAGACGCGAGCGACGGCGCAUGAAUGGCCUAAAUGAUGCAUUUGAGAGACUUAGAGGCGUCGUACCUACGCUUGGCAGCGACCGAAAAUUGUCCAAAUUUGAGACCUUGCGUAUGGCACAGACGUACAUCACAGCACUUAAUCAGUUGCUCAAAAAUGCUGGGGUUAAUGAACUCAAGUGAUUUGUCUGCAGUCCGUACGAUUGCUGCUAAUUCUCCUCCAAAUUUGGUAGCAAAAAUAAAUAUCACUGUUUUUAAUUUGACCCUGGGCUUUCAUGCGUGUUCAGUGUUAACUUGCACAUAUUUCAACACUUACGGUUAUUUUAAUUGGCACCUUGUUGUAUAACACUUUUUAGAAGAAUGCUAAUGUUGCCAGACCACUUACAUUGUAUCAUAUCAAAAAUUUCAGAUGUAUAAUUUUACAAUAUAAAUAAUCCAAGAACUAUCAUUUUAAUAUUGUCUUUGCUAGCUGAUGUUUUAGUCCAACAUAUACCUUUCCACCAUACGCCAUAAUUAUAUAGGUUCAACCUAAAACAUAUUCGUAUAUAAAACUGAAAGUUUGUUCAUUAGCAUAAACAUAACUUUACGUGUCCCAUUGGGUUUCGUCAUUAAAGAUCUUCUUUGUGAAAAAAAAUCGACUGAAUCUCUUCAGCCGACAUUAAAUUUAGUGAAGUACUUUUGAUUUAUUACAUUUGAAACUAAUGUGGGUGAGUUAUAGCAUAUGUGUGUCUACAAAAAUCUAAAUUGCAAUUCACUUCUUGGAUCUAAUAACGGAUCUUUACUCACUAUUUAUUCAUCAUCUCAAUUCUACCUUCCAUCAUUGUCAACUAACUGGGAAGUUCAUCGUUAUGUAUCAGCCAAUUAUUAUGAAUCUUAUGUUUGAUUAGGAUAUUAGAUUAUUCCAUUGAAUAAAUUCAUUAUACAAACGUAAGAUUAUAUAUUUAUGUUCUGGAUAAGUCUAAUUAGAAUGAGAUGUGAGAUUGGGAGAGAAGCAUAGUUUUCGCUUUGCGAAAACAUACUAUUAUUAUUACGAAAUUAUUUACGAAUUUUGAUCUUAGUAUCGAGUUUACAACGCUAAAUAUUGUUUUAAAUAUUCGGAAACGUGGCUGCCAACAAAUAUUUUGUAGAAUUUUUCCUCUCUUGCUAAUUUGGAUCCUUCCAUCAUAUGUUGCAACUUCUUGUUUCUGGUGACUUAAUAAAUUCAUUAGUUUUGCUUUGGGUCUAUAUUUCAAGUCCUCCAUAACAGGGCUUUCAACUCCGAAAUUGUUUAUCGAUAUUUUAUUCAUAAAAUUAUGUUGGAAAAUUGAAAUUGACGUCCAGACUUAUCAAAAUAAAUUCACUUUCAGUUUCAACCUGACAAGAAAAAUCCAACUUUCGAGUUCGUAUUUUGCGUUGGUGAUACAUCAAUAAAUGAUACAUUAAUUAAUAAAUAUAACUUUAUUUUCAAUAUUUUGGUGCAUGUCACUUGAAAAUUUCAUCACCGUAUUUUCUUGUAAUUGUGCCUGGCUAGGUAAAUAUCAUCACCACAUAUGGUAAAAAAUGUUCAAUUUAAACGCCAGUAGUAAUAUGUUCAUGUUAGAAUAGCUCCCUUUCGUCGCCAAGUCUUUGCUGCAUCCUUUAUGCACAUGCGUUAUACUUAUUUGUGUUCACUAAAGUUUACUGUUAUUUUGUUAUUGUUUGCUUAUUUUGUGUUAUUUUUCUGUUUGUAAUGUGCAACUGCGUCUUAUUUAUUCCUGUGAUCUGCUUAAGUUUGGUCACUUAAUAUGUGUGUUUGUAUUAAUAUGUGUGUUAAUAUGUGUGUUUGUAACGUGUCUAUUCUAUAUGUGUCGGAUGUAUUUUUAAGUAUUUGUUUGUGUGUUAUGUGUAGUAUGACAGUGUUAGUUAUGGCCAUUCAUUGUUGGAUUGCCUUAGUAGUCGGCCAUUUCCUGAUCGUUUACAGUUUAAUUUUCCUUCUUGCCUUUGUUCCAAUAUUGUCUUUGUUGUUUUAUGUUCCAAUAUUGUCACGGAAUAUUACGCGAGAAAUGUCCGCGUAAAAAAGACAGCGUUUGUAAAGAAAGACAAAUCUCGGAUUGUUCAAAGUGGCAAAAAAUCUUGCAAAAGGCAUGGAAAUAUGGAGGCAUUAUCAAGUCAGUAGCGUGUAUUGAAAACUCGUUAUCUCUAGUUAUCGCAUGAAACUCCUGCUUCGUAAUUUUUGAUUAGUAGCUAAUAAGAUCUCUUAUCUGGAUAAUUAUUUAUAUCAGACAUCGUUAAGUUAAUCCUGCCAGUUAAACGGCGAUCUGUUGCAGCUUCAGUUUUUUUGAAUGGACGUUUUCUGCGUGCAUACUACCGCAUGUGUAUU